GUACGCCCUGAUCGUGACGCGACCGGACGACAUUAUCAAGGCCGACAGCGUCGGUCCAAGUUGAGUGCUGAUGAUGAAGGCGAAGUGGAUGCCGAGUGGAUUCGCAAACUUCCUGUUGAUAUGCGAACGACGCUUAUGCAAAUCAUGAAUAUCGACUUAAUGGUGGGAAGCGGUGAUGGAAACAGGGACGGUAUGGCGAUGUAUCCAUUGAACUUCACGUCGAUACGUCAGUUGCUUGAAGAUCCUUCGGUAUUGGACGGAAAACGCACCGAGAUGCGUUACGACUCCUUCCGAGAAGUUGAAGCUGGUGAACUGCCUGCUGUUGCUCAUAGGAAUUUGCUGUCUGCAAUCGACUGGGUUGAUCAUCUGUUCGAUAUCAUUGAUAUUCAGAAUCUUGACGAUAAGGUAGCGACGGUGAAGCACUGCUUUGCUCCGUUGAUGGUGUUCGGCUACAGCGUGGUGACGGCAAAGAACACCAAACAACCCGAUAUUGUGUGUGUUUGCAACUUUGGUCACGUCAAACGGGAUUGCUGUCUACGGUGGACUGAACCAUAUCACUUCGCAAAUCGCCUGGCUGAACGCUCCAUCGACGAGUUGAUAAGUCCGUUCCGUCGGAUGAACAUCAAGGAAGAGGAAGCCGCUUUGAUGAAGGCGAUCAUCAUUGCGAAUCCG